AGUGGGUGGGUCUUAAUUUUGAUAAUAGUUGGAUUGUUUGUUUUUCUCUACUAUCAGACUCCGGAUUAGUAUCAGAGAGAAUCGAGAAGAUGUCUGACUGUCUCACACUAGCCUAUUUAAACAAAGUGUACCUCGCUACGUUUGAUGCUCGAGCCAAAUGGCGAAACAUCUUGUUGAUGCUCGAAGUAUUCCCGGGUACUAUCGACAGCAUUGGUACGAAAUGGCGAGGUGAUCCUGAUGAUUGCUAUCGUGAGGGUCUUAAAGAGUGGCUGAAAGGUGGGGAGAGAAGCUGGAAAGAUGUUGUCAAAGCAUUGUCCAGUCCCACUGUGGGUUACAGUGACCUAGCCAAGACCAUCGAGAGAGAUCAUGUACAGUCUAGCAAUCGUACUGAUGUGAUUUCAGAGGAUGCUUCAUUGACAAAAGGCUCGGACUCAGUGGUGGCAACAAAGAGAGAGCCAAAGGACACUCAACCAGUCAAUAAAGGUCCCCCUCCCAGACCUCCACUCACUCUGAAAUGGAGAAGAGGAAAAUACAUGCCAAUCAAAACAGGCGGCUCGGUACAGAUUGUUGUUAUCGGUGACACGGCGUAUGUUGGUGGAGGUGGUGCAUACAAUGAUCGUGACGUGUGUACAGUGAUGAAGCUCGAGCAAGAUCAAUGGACUGACCUACCAGAGUACACUGCCAGGUGGUUCGCUAUGAUAUCACUCGCUAAUCGACUAGUGCUGGUGGGAGGACAUAAUACAAGAAACAGUGAAGUAACCAAUCAACUUGCAGUGUUCGAAUCAGAGGAAUGGACUCACCCGUACCCACCAAUGAACAUUGCUCGUCGAUCUUCAACAGCUGUCUCCUUCAACAACCACAUCAUUGUAGCUGGUGGGCGUGAUAAUAAAAACUGGCUUACCUAUUCUGUGGAGGUGUUGGACGUGGCAUCAGGAAGAUGGUACAUAAUUGCUCAGUCGUUACCUAACUCACGAUUAGGACUGAAGUCAACUCUUAUAGGAAACACCCUAUACCUAAUGGGUAACAUUGGGAAGCCAACCAAGACAGUGCACCACGUCGACCUCAAUGAACUCAUUGCAAAGGCCCUUUCCAACGUGGACACACCCACUCUCUGGCAGACAAUAGAAGACACACCACUCGAGUAUUCAGCUCCUCUCAGUAUUGGGAGGUCACUAUUAGCCGUUGGUGGAUGGGACGACAAACACAACUCAAGUUCAUCAAUCCACCUCUACCAGCCUGACACCAGGAGGUGGGUGAAAGUGGGAGAUCUGCCUACUCCACGAUACUGCUGCACAUGCUCAGUACUUCCUAGUGGAGAGAUCAUUGUAGCUGGAGGACAGAUAAAUUCAUAUACUAAUAUCCAAACUAUUGAUUUUUUUUCUCUAAGUGCUUAGUUGGACCAUAGAUACUAGAGAACUAGUAUCUAUGGUUGGACAGACUGCAUGAACAAUCAUUGACACUGUGAUUAUUUAGAUAGAAACAAAUUGUUUGUUAUAGCUAUAACUCAUGGAAAAGUUAAAGGAAUCAACAAAAUGAUAUUUCCCCAUCCCCAACUUUUGACUGCUACAGUAUUAAAACAUAAUUAUCAUCACUUAACCACUUCCUUCUUUUGUACAUUGUAAUUUUUCUUAGCCCCGAGAUGGAGAGCUUUCACGCCCCCCCCCCAAAAGU